AUGGUUGGAACUUAUGAACAAAUAAUUGGUUAUGCCUUUUAUUUACAUGUUGGGGGCACUUUUUGUUGGUUAAUUGCUUUUGUUUGUGCAAUUACAACAACCUAUAAAUUUAUUUCUUCUAAUGGAACACAGAGGUAG